CAAAGCGUUCUGCACGACGUCUCAUUCUGUUGAUCGCCGUUCGUCUCGUCCUCCACAUCCCUCAAGACACCUCCAAGCCCCACCAAGAUGCCCCCCAAGAAGACGAAGGCGCCCAAGGAAGAGAACCAGGUGUCUCUCGGCCCCCAGGUCGCUGAGGGCGAGCUUGUGUUCGGCGUCGCGCACAUCUACGCCUCGUUCAACGACACAUUCGUCCAUGUUACUGAUCUCUCCGGCAAGGAGACCAUCUCCCGUGUUACCGGUGGUAUGAAGGUCAAGGCCGACCGUGACGAGUCGUCGCCCUACGCUGCCAUGUUGGCUGCCCAGGACGUUGCCACUCGUUGCAAGGAGGUCGGCAUCACCGCCCUGCACGUCAAGCUCCGUGCGACUGGUGGUACGGGCACCAAGACCCCCGGCCCCGGUGCGCAGAGCGCGCUCCGUGCACUCGCCCGUGCGGGCAUGGGCAUUGGCCGCAUUGAGGACGUGACCCCCAUCCCCACCGACUCGACCAGGCGCAAGGGUGGUCGCCGUGGUCGCCGUCUCUGAUCUGCAAAGAUCGCAAAAGCUCUCUGGUCGUUCGUCAUGUAUACUGCAUACUGUCAAUGAUCAAUGGUCGCCGCUCGACACGCAUCAGGUUCGCCUGCCCCGUGGUCGAUGCAUCAUCGUUCCCUGUCUAUGUGUGCUUCUAUGUGAUGUGACUAUCCGCCACUGCAAUAUGACUGUACUCCCAACACUGGUAUCUAUUC